AUGUCAGAUAAAAACGUGACAUUUGUGAAAGACUUUGUCAUUGUUGGUUUUCCUGGACUUCAUCCUAACUACUAUGUCCUUGUAUCUGCAGUUAUGUUCUUAGUUUAUGUGUGCACUUUGGUAGGAAAUGGAAUUUUUCUUCUUUUGUUUACAACAAACAAAACCCUUCAUAAACCCAUGUAUUUAAUUUAUAUAAGUCUUGUGGUAUCUGAUGUAUUGUUCAGUACAUGCACCCUACCAAAAAUUAUUGCUAAAUAUUGGUUUCAAGAUGGGACCAUUUCUUUUGCAGCUUGUUUUUUUCAGAUGUACUUAGUGCAUUAUUUCGGUGCAGUCAAUUCAUACACACUAGCGGUAAUGGCAAUAGAUAGAUAUAUAGCAGUUUGCUACCCCUUUCGUUAUCACCGUAUUAUGUCAAAUAGAAAUAUAUUAAUUCUGUCCAUAAUAGUCUGGGUUUUUGCUCACCUUAGCAUUAUAAUGAUGAUUGUUCGUGCUUAUCCUCUCCCUUACUGUGGAGCCAACACCAUCAUACACUGCUAUUGUGAUCAUAUAUCUAUUACCCGACUUGCAUGCACUGAUAGGGCGCCUUAUAGUCUUCCAGCUUUUGUUUAUGCCAUGGUCAUAUUGCUGGGAUCUCUUGCAAUAAUUUUGUUCUCAUAUUUCUGCAUCAUUUUAGCUGUCCUACAAAUAUCAAGUACACAAGGGAUGCUAAAGGUUUUUUCUACCUGUAGUUCUCAACUUGUUAUAAUAGCACUGUUCUUUUUACCCAGGUGUUUUUAUUACGUAGCUGCAAACAUAGGUAUUACAUUUAAUUCUGAUUUGCAAAUAGCCAUCGUUAUGCUUUAUAGCCUGCUACCUCCAAUGAUCAAUCCUUUACUGUAUAGUCUAAAAACAGAAGAAGUAAAAAAAAUCCUGUUUAGUAAAUUAAAAAAAAGGCCAAGUUAG